GUCUCAUUUGUCCCUCGUUGCUUGCUGUACAAAUACAAUCAUGGCGGCGCUGGAGUUGUAAGAUCUGUUUUUGUUUUGCAAAUAAACCAACAUUUUAAUAAAAAACAAACUCUCUCGUUGGGAUUUGAAUUUACCUGAACUUAUAACGAUAUUCCAACUCGGAUCACUAUGCCGUCCGCCUGUGACUCUCUGAUUGAAGACAUUGAGGACAUGGUGUCUCUUAAUGACCCCACUCCUCAUGACAGACAGUCUGCAAGGAAGAGUAUUAUACCAAGGUCCAGAAAGAAGAAGGAGCUUCUGAGCUCCGAAGAGCUUCAAGCAGACAGUUUUAUCCCUGGUACCCAGAAGAUCUGGAUGAAAACGUGGGGCUGCAGUCAUAACAACUCAGAUGGAGAGUACAUGGCCGGACAGCUGGCUGCCAGCGGAUAUAAGAUGACCGAUGACCCGGCCGAUGCAGACCUGUGGUUGCUCAACAGCUGCACCGUGAAAAACCCUGCAGAGGACCACUUCAGAAACUCCAUCAAGAAAGCUCAGGAGCAGCAGAAGAAAGUGGUCGUUGCAGGUUGUGUACCCCAAGCCCAGCCACGGAUGGAAUACCUGAAAGGCCUCAGCAUUAUAGGGGUCCAACAGAUUGAUCGAGUGGUGGAAGUGGUGGACGAGGCUGUUAAAGGUCACUCUGUUCGCCUGUUGGGCCAGAAGAAAGACGGAGGAAAAAGACUUGGAGGUGCAAGGUUGGACCUGCCAAAGAUCAGAAAGAACCCUCUGAUUGAAAUAAUCUCCAUUAACACUGGGUGUCUGAAUGCAUGUACUUACUGCAAGACGAAACAUGCUCGAGGAGACUUGGCCAGUUAUCCCAUAGAGGAACUGGUGGAAAGAGCCAGGCAGUCCUUUCAGGAGGGAGUAUGUGAGAUCUGGUUGACGAGUGAAGACACAGGUGCUUACGGCAGAGACAUAGGGACAGAUCUGCCUACAUUACUGUGGAGGCUGGUGCAGGAGAUUCCUGAUGGAGCCAUGCUGAGGCUGGGCAUGACCAACCCACCUUAUAUCCUGGAACAUCUGGAGGAGAUGGCGAAGAUUUUGAAUCAUCCGCGUGUUUAUGCCUUCCUCCAUGUUCCCGUGCAGUCAGCCUCAGACAGUGUCCUGAUGGACAUGAAGAGAGAAUACUGCAUUGAUGACUUCAGAAGAGUUGUUGACUUCCUCAAAGACAGAGUACCUGGGGUAACGAUUGCGACGGAUAUAAUCUGUGGAUUUCCCGGUGAGACUGAUGAGGACUUCCAGGACACCUUGGAUCUUGUGAAACACUACCAGUUUCCCAGUCUGUUCAUUAACCAGUUCUACCCCAGACCCGGUACACCUGCUGCUAAGAUGGACCAAGUCCCAGCACAUGUGAAGAAGCAAAGGACUAAAAAGCUUUCUGAACUCUUCCACUCUUACAACCCCUACGACCACAAGGUUGGAGAAAGGCAAUUUGUGCUGGUGACGGAGGAAUCUUUUGAUACCCAGUUCUUUGUUUCCCACAACAAGUUCUACGAACAGGUGCUGGUGCCUAAAAGGGCUGAAUUCAAAGGGAAGAUGAUAGAAGUAGACAUCUACGAGGCAGGAAAACACUUUAUGAAGGGGAGGCCAGUGGAAGACAGCAAACCAUUCACUCCCUCCAUUGCUGCACCUCUUCGGAAAGGAGAAGUAUCUGGUUUGAUGCAGGUACAUAAAGUCAAUGGAGUCAAAGGAGCAACUUCAGGAACACCCGACUCUGCGCUCCAUGUCGGCUCCUACAAUCUGGACAGAGAACUGCUGAAGAAACUGGGGAUGGGCUUUGCACUAGCAGCCGCCAUCUUGGCCUUUAUUGUAGAGAAGCUGUUUUGAACAAACUGAAUCAAGAAAUAAUUCGGAAAACGACAGCUUUGAAGUUUUCACAGAAGAUGUUUUAUUCAAGCAGGUUUGCUUCAGUUUUUUUUUUUUAUUAGAAAUUGUGACAUCAAGGCUUUUUGUCUUUGUUCGCAAUCUACCACAUCUGGAUGUUUUUAGUGCUCUGUUGCAACUUUUUACAGAUAAACCAAGAACUGGAAAAGAUGUUACUCAUACUCCAGAGUAUUUAUUUUUAACAAACAAUACGCAAUAUAUUUUUAAGCUAUUGGAUAAAUUCGUUCACUUUUUUUUUCUUUUUUUUUUAAACGUAUUGUGGUUAAGAUGGAUGUUUAUUUCCUCCAGUAAAAAAAUUAUAAAUUACCUGUUCAAAUCAAACAGUGUGAAAUGCCUUGAAUGUUAGAAUUUCCUCUAAGUCUAUAAGGCACAUGAAGUGAUUUGUUUUUUCAUUCUGACCUUCUUUGCUUCCUACAUGAGGAACGAUUUCAUUUGUUCUCUCUGAUCUUUAGAUGUUUUUCUUUGAGAUUUAUUGGCUUCCUCAGUACACUUCCAUUUCCCGCAUAAACUAGUCCCUUUUCUACCCACUACCAUUAUGAUCCUUCUUUAAACUCAGAUCAUUAUUAUUAUGGAUAAUCCAUUGUACUGUCAGGAUUUUAAUUGUCUAAUUAGUGAAUACUCAUAAAGCAGCUACUUUCUCUGUGUGUGGAGAACCUCUCUAAUGUCUUGCAAAAUUAUUCAUACACCUAAACCCGCAGCGUAUAUUUGCAGUGUCACAUUAACAAACCUCUGGCUGUGUUCAUUUAAAUUUAUAUGAUGACGCAACAAAAAGUAGGUUAUAACUGUGAAGUGUAAGAAAAAAGAAUACAUUAUUUUCUUUUAUUUUAGACAAUAAUAUUUGGGUGGUUUUUUGUUGAUGCUUUAUUGAACCAGUUUUAGCUGUGGAUAAAUCUCUAUAUCCUUUCAAGGUAUGUCUCUUCUGGCUGUGCGUACCAAGAGACCACCAUUUUGGCCGACUUACCUUUUGCAGAAAUGCUCAACCCUUGAUUGGACGGAAAACCCAGUUUUGAAUUUAGUUGGACGAUAAGCAUUGAUAUUCUUACAGUUAACUCUGCUUUGAGCCAAAAUAUUCCUUCAUGCCUCUGGAUGCAUUUUUUUGUUUGUUUGUUUUUUUACCUCCUACAGUUUAAAGUCUUUAAAAUCCUUUCUCAGGUUUUGUUUUCAAAGCAAUUAAAGUAGUUUCAUUUUCCAGAAAAAACACAGCCACAGCAUCAUACUGCCACCACAGUGCCUUAACAUCAGGAUAGUUUGCUCUGGAUGAUUUGCGCUGUUAGUUUUCCUUCACAUGUAGAAUUAUCCAUUAAAAAAAAUAUGUGACAAAGAACGCAAAUGCGCCCCGUGCUUUAUAACUUGUUGUUAAAAAGUUUGAAAAACAAGUGUCAUUUUCCUUCCACUUCCCAGUUAUGAACUAGUUUGUGUUUUCUAUCUCAUAAAAUCCUUAUAAAAUUGCCUGAAGUUCCUAUUUUGAAAGUGAAAAAGUUAAUGAGGUACAAAUGCUUUUGAAAGCCGUGUAGCAUGUAUUAUUAAUUGCCGUCUUUUGUUUUCAUUGUAACAUCCAGAAUCCUCUAAUAAAGGCCAGAAUCAGUUUA